ACCGCGCGCCCUGCGGACGUCAGUGCGGCGCGCCGCGAGGGAAGGACACGGCGCCCGCCCGCCCGCCGCCGCCGCCGCGCAGAGCCGAAUCGGGAGCGGUGCCGGUGCCGCCAUGAGCGGGUACAGCGAGGACGAGAAGCUGCGGGUGCAGCAGCUCCGCGCCCUGCGGCGCCGCUGGCUGCGGGACCAGGAGCUGAGCGAGCGGGAGCCCGUCCUGCCGCCGCGGCGGCCGGGGCCGGUGGCCGCCUUCUGGGAGCGCUUCCUGCAGCCCGGGGGGCUCUGGCGGCACCUGCUGUUCAAGGCCUGCAAGACCAGCGGCUUCGUCCUGGUGCGGGUCGUGGUUCCCGCCUGGAUCAUCCUCUACUACCUAAAGUACCACGUCAUGAAAAUGCCGCACGGUAUUGUUAUGUCCAAUCCACGGAUAUUCCCAGGGGACAGAAUUUUAGAGACGGGAGAAAUUAUUCCACCCCUGAAAGAAGAACCCGAUGAGCACCACUGAUGGCUAAAAGCUAAUUUCUUCCUUCAGCGAACAAGGCCAGAACUGCAGCUGCUUUCUCUCUUCUAUAAAAGAGUCUUUAUUCUG